AGCGGUUCUUGGAAUGGCACCGUGAACUUGGCGGCAGAUAACGGUCGUUGAGUAUAUAUGAACCAGGCCCCCGAAUUUGCAGAUGAUUUUGUUGCAGAAGGGUAUAUACGACAAGUGCUAUUUCCUUGAACGCCAGCCAGUCUUUUCCACCAGAGUCUUUCUCCAGCAUGAGACAAACAACAUCAUCAGCCUUGUUGGCAAGCACACUACUCUUGCCUUUUGCAGUGUCGCAGGAAUCGGAUCAUACAUCAAAACGCGGCCUCGCAUACAUCGGAGAUUCACACGAGGGCGAUCUAAACCUUCUACUCUCCCCGAACUCCAGGAUAUCUGGUACUACACGUGGUCAGCAUAUCCCGUGCAGGAUGUGAACUCGACGCUCAAGUUUGUGCCCUUGAUCCACGGUGUCGAUGAUGCAUCCUCCCCCGACGUUCAAGGAGCCAUCAGUUCCCUGCCAGCAAGCUCAACCCACCUGCUCGCAUUCAACGAACCCGACGGGACAACCUCUAGCGGCGGGAGCGCCAUCUCUCCCUCAGAUGCGGCACGGGCGUACAUAGAUGACAUCGUACCUCUGCGAACUUCAUCCUCGCGCAGUUGGAACAUCUCCCACCCCAGUGUCACAGGGUCUGAGAACGGGUUGAAUUGGCUGCGGGAGUUCAAUGAGGCCUGCUGGGAGAUCCAGCCGGACAGUGGUUGUCCAACAGAUUUUGUGGCCUUGCAUUGGUACGGCAACUUCGAAGGUCUGGCUUCUUGGAUAGGGACGAUGAAAGAGUAUUACACCAACUCGUCAGACAGCGGCGCAGUCGACCCAGACAACCUCAAGUUUUGGAUCACAGAGAUGGCCCUCCCGCAGCAAGACGAGGACGACACAGUGGCGAUGAUGAACCAGAGUCUUAGUUACUUGGAUAGUCUGGACUAUAUCGAGUCCUACUCUUGGUUUGGCGCUUUCCGGAAGGACAACGACGUUAAUGGCUUCGUUGGCGACAACGUCGCGUUGUUCGACUACGACGGUGGGCUGACAGACGCCGGCGCCCUAUACCUAGGCGGUGAGGAGGCUGGCUUUGAGGAAGGCAUGAAAGGCAGUGCGAGCGGACUUGGAGGGGGUGGAAGCGGGGGUGGCUUGCUACGCGCAUCGCUGUUGGCAGUGCUCGUGGCUGUAAUGACCAUGGCGGUGAAUCUGUGAGUGCGGCAUGUGUCGCUUUUGCAUAGACUUGUUUUGCUUAAAGAAGCGUUGAACUUGAAAUAUACCCAGACUCUACAGGAAAA